GGCCAGGGUUUAACAGUCUGCUGGGAGUUGAGGCAGUUUUUAAUUGGCGCGCUCUGCUCCUUCAAAGCCUAGCAGGGUUUGCGGUUUAUCCGCCAGUGUUUCACUUGGCGGAUGCUGGCCCCACACCACUCCUCCUGGAGUUUCGCGACCACCUGGCCCCCUAGCAGGAAGCACCCAGGAUCCACCCCCACGCCGGCAGCCGCCAGGGGAAAGGACGCUUCGUCCAAUGCGGCCUGUCGGGGCCGACCGGCCUCAGCACCGGGCUCGGCCUCAGCACCGGGCUCGCCCCCCGCCCCGCAUCCGUGCGCCCCGGGCCUGGGCGCGGCGCGCCAACGCCCUCUCCGCAUCGCUCCUGCCUAGCAAAUGGCGGCGGGAGGGAGGGGGCCGGAGGCGGCCUGGGGCACGGCGGAGGGAAAUUUCCUCCCCGAGGCGGCCCGGCAGCGCCGGCAAGGGAGGGCCGCAGGCGGAGGGCGCGGAGGGGGCCCGCCCCUCCCCGCCCCGCUCCCAGCGCGCCGCGGCUCCCGCCGCCCCCGGGCCCGGCUCCUGUCACGAUGACUACGAGAGGAAGGCUCCCCCUUCCCCGCGCCGCCUCGCCGCCUCCGGCCCCUCCUCCGCGUCCCCGCUGCUGAGCGCGCCCGGCCGGCGGAGCGACCCCCUCCCCCGGUCCUCGCUGCGGGGCGGCCCCGGUCUGCCCGCCCGCACGUCGGUCGGCCCGGGGGCGGCGGCUGCCGCGCCGCCCCGGCGCUCGGAGGGGAAUGGGUGGAGUUGAGGAGCGCGGUUUCCUGAGAGGAAGUGACCGCACGGGGCAGGAAUGCGCCGCCGGCUCCGCGCCGCGUCCCGCCUGCCUCACUGCGGUGCCGCGGGGAGCCCUCGCCGCCCCGCCAGCCAUGCCGCACUUCACCGUGGUGCCGGUGGAGGACAAGCACCGCGGCGAGUACGACAGCGUAGAGGGGCUCAGCUGGGUGGACUACCGGGAGCCGGCCGCAGCGCCCACCGCUGGGGACUCCUACGACACCGUCAGCUCCGACGGUCAUGGCAACCAUAAAGAAAACAGUCCUUUCCUGAACAGUUCAGAAGCUGGCAAGGGAGGUGAUUACUAUGACAGAAACCUGGCCUUGUUUGAGGAAGAACUUGAUAUACGACCAAAAGUGUCAUCUCUGCUUGGCAAGUUGGUCAACUAUACAAAUCUUACCCAAGGUGUUAAGGAACAUGAAGAAGCAGAAAGUACUGAUGGCUCAAAGAAGAAAGUAUCAAAAUCACCCAGCAUGGGCACCCUGAUGGGGGUGUAUUUACCAUGCAUGCAGAAUAUCUUCGGGGUUAUUCUCUUCCUUCGGCUGACUUGGAUGGUGGGAAUGGCUGGAGUUCUUCAGUCCUUCCUGAUUGUAUUACUUUGCUGCUGUUGUACUAUGCUGACAACCAUAUCAAUGAGUGCUAUUGCCACAAAUGGUGUUGUUCCAGCUGGUGGCUCCUAUUUCAUGAUAUCCAGGUCAUUAGGCCCAGAGUUUGGUGGGGCCGUAGGGCUGUGCUUUUAUUUGGGAACAACAUUUGCAGGAGCAAUGUAUAUCCUUGGUGCCAUUGAGAUUUUAUUGACAUAUAUUGUGCCACAAGCAGCAAUUUUUCAUCCAUCCGGUGCCCACGAUGCAUCCAGUGCUAUGCUAAACAACAUGAGGGUGUAUGGAACUGUAUUCCUCAUCCUAAUGGCAGUGGUCGUCUUUGUAGGCGUGAAAUACGUUAACAAAUUUGCUUCCCUCUUCUUGGCCUGCGUAGUAAUAUCCAUACUGUCCAUUUAUGCUGGAGCUAUCAAGUCCAUCUUUGAUCCACCUGAAUUUCCGAUUUGCAUGUUGGGCAACAGGACUUUGUCAAGAGAUCAGUUCGAUGUUUGUGCCAAAACUGUAAUUAAGGAUAACGUUACUGUGGCCUCUGAGCUUUGGAAGCUCUUCUGCCACAGUACAAACUUAACCACCGAGAACUGUGAUGAAUAUUUCCUAAUGAACAAUGUCUCUGAGAUAGCAGGAAUUCCAGGAGUUGCUAGUGGCAUUUUAAAAGACAACUUGUGGAGCAAUUAUUUGGAGAAAGGAGAGAUACUGGAGAAAGCACAUCACCCAUCUGUUGAUGUAGCAGGCCAGAAGAACAACCUUCAUCUGUAUGUGCUUUCAGAUAUAGCUACUUCAUUCAUGGUGCUGGUUGGCAUCUUCUUCCCUUCAGUGACCGGUAUCAUGGCUGGUUCAAACAGAUCAGGGGACCUCAAAGAUGCACAGAAAUCCAUUCCUGUUGGAACAAUUCUUGCUAUUGUCACCACAUCAUUAGUCUACUUCAGUUGUGUGUUAUUAUUUGGAGCCUGCAUAGAAGGUGUAGUCCUGAGAGAUAAGUACGGUGAUGCAGUGAACAAGAACUUAGUGGUGGGGACCCUUUCGUGGCCCUCGCCAUGGGUCAUUGUGAUAGGAUCCUUCUUCUCUACCUGCGGAGCAGGUUUACAGAGCCUUACCGGAGCCCCCCGGCUGCUGCAGGCGAUAGCAAAGGACAACAUCAUUCCUUUCCUCUGGGUUUUCGGUCAUGGAAAAGCAAAUGGUGAACCGACAUGGGCUCUUCUCUUAACAGCAUUAAUUGCUGAGCUGGGAAUCCUUAUUGCUUCACUUGACAUGGUGGCUCCAAUUCUCUCAAUGUUUUUCUUGAUGUGUUACCUCUUCGUUAAUCUGGCAUGUGCAGUACAGACGCUUCUUAGAACCCCAAACUGGCGGCCCCGAUUUAAAUACUAUCACUGGGCACUCUCAUUUUUAGGCAUGAGUAUUUGCCUGGCACUGAUGUUCAUUUCAUCUUGGUAUUAUGCUUUGGUAGCUAUGCUUAUUGCAGGCAUGAUUUACAAGUACAUUGAAUACCAAGGUGCGGAGAAGGAAUGGGGUGAUGGUAUCCGGGGUCUGUCACUCAGCGCAGCAAGAUACGCCUUACUCAGACUGGAGGAGGGCCCUCCACACACAAAGAACUGGAGGCCUCAGUUGCUAGUGCUUCUGAAACUUGAUGAAGAUUUGCAUGUAAAAUACCCUAGAUUGUUAACAUUUGCAUCUCAGUUGAAAGCUGGCAAAGGUUUGACUAUCAUAGGAUCAGUGAUCCAAGGGAAUUUCUUGGAAACUUAUGGAGAAGCCCAGGCUGCUGAACAGACUAUUAAGAAUAUGAUGGACAUUGAGAAGGUGAAAGGAUUUUGUCAAGUAGUUGUGGCCAAUAAAGUUCGAGAAGGAAUUGCCCACUUGAUCCAGUCCUGUGGACUAGGCGGCAUGAAACAUAACACUGUGGUUUUGGGGUGGCCAUAUGGCUGGAGACAAAGUGAAGAUCCAAGGUCAUGGAAGACGUUUAUAGGUACUGUUCGCUGCACAACUGCAGCCCAUCUGGCUCUGCUGGUUCCCAAAAAUGUGUCUUUCUACCCCAGCAACCAUGAGCGUUACAAUGAAGGCAACAUUGACGUGUGGUGGAUUGUGCAUGAUGGAGGCAUGUUGAUGUUGCUUCCUUUUCUUCUCAAACAGCACAAAGUUUGGAGAAAAUGCAAGAUGAGAAUCUUUACUGUUGCUCAGAUGGAUGAUAACAGCAUCCAGAUGAAGAAGGAUUUGGCUACUUUCCUCUAUCAACUCCGAAUAGAGGCAGAGGUAGAAGUGGUAGAAAUGCACAAUAGUGAUAUCUCAGCAUAUACUUAUGAGAGAACUCUUAUGAUGGAGCAGAGAUCUCAGAUGCUGAGGCAAAUGAGGCUGACAAAAACAGAGAGGGAAAGGGAGGCUCAGCUGGUAAAGGACAGACAUUCAAUAGCACGUUUGGAGAGCCUCUACUCUGAUGAAGAAGAUGAGGGGGACCCAGUUCCUGAGAACAUCCAGAUGACCUGGACAAAAGAGAAAUGUGAUGCUGAGAAGCGGAACCGAGGCAGUGCUGUGGGAAGCUUCAGAGAUCUCAUCAGCAUUAAGCCGAACCAGUCUAAUGUCCGAAGAAUGCACACAGCAGUGAAGCUAAAUGAAGUUAUUGUAAAUAGAUCCCAUGAUGCCAGACUUGUUCUCCUCAACAUGCCUGGUCCUCCAAAGAACACUGAUGGUGAUGAAAACUACAUGGAGUUUCUUGAAGUCUUGACUGAGGGUCUGGAGAGAGUAUUACUUGUUAGAGGAGGCGGCCGAGAAGUCAUCACAAUUUACUCCUGAUUUAGUACAAGCUUCUAACCUUGGUCUACAUUUACCUUCUUGGUGAUAACGGACAUUCCAGUUUUAAGUGGAGGGAAAAAAAAAGGUUUUUUGCCUAACUUUCUCCUCAUCCAGUCCUAUUCAUUGUCCUUCCAUUUGCAACAUACAUAUCUUUUGGGAUGCAGUAUUGUUACACCAUCCAAUUAGCAACAUAAGUUAAUUGUGAAGCUGCCACGUUAUUGUUUCUGCUUUGGUACUCCAGCAUUUGUGCAUGUAGUUUAACACUAAGCCUAUUUUUAGUCAGCACUGCUAUGUGCAGUAUUUUUAGUAACUGUAUGUAAAGUUAGGACAUGAAAGCCAGUUACUGUAAAAAGAUUUUAAGAGCUUUUUGUAUUAGGUUUGGGGGAUAGAAUUACAUUAUAUAGCAGCUAGUUUCUGCUGAAGUUCAACUAUAAAGCCUUUUCUAAGAGCACACUAAAUUGUAAGAGAGGACUUAAAAAGCUUUGUUUUUCUGGGUUUAUUUCCAGAACUAAACUCUCAGUAUUGGAUAAGAAUUUAUACUUUUAAUACAUUUAUUGAUAGAGAUUUAAAUAAAUUAUGUUGAUAGAGUUGAAAUUAUGUAUGUAGCUUGCUACAAAUUGUGUUGCUUCUGAGACUUGAGGUUCUGUGAGGCCAGAUCCCUAUUUAUUUUUGUAUUUAUUUGUCAGAAGUAUUGGAUACGCAGAUGCAGACUGUUUAGGCUAACAGAGAUCUCACAAUAAAUUUUGCAUCAUCAGUGGAUUGGAGGACCAGUCCUGUGCAGUUCUUCCAUGCUUUAAAUUUCUUGCAGACCAUCCAUCAAAGUACAUUGAGCAUGUUGGAGCCCUGUCUGUAGAGCCAGGUGCUAUGCUGCACGCAUAGCGAUGGGAUUGCACUUACACAAGUAAAGGGGACCUGCUGCUUCAUUGUAUGCUUUAUGCCCUUAGAGGAGACAGAAGAAAAGAUGACCUAGAUUAACCAAUAAGUCUCUGGAGAUUUUAUCAAGCCCAUUGAGUUGUACUUUAUGUACAGAACAUUCGUAUUUUUUCAAUAAAACGUUGCAUACACUUUGAACCUA